AUCCGCGGCUCUGAUACCGACAGCAGGAGGAAGACCCGCCCCCCGCCUGUCCGCCUCCGGUCGAACCGAAGCGCGCCCGGAGAAGAACCGUGCGACCCUGUCCGUGCUUUGCUGUCCCGCUCCGCAGCUCCAGCAGCAGCAACAUGGAUACAGAGCUGUUUAUGGAGUGUGAGGAGGAGGAGCUGGAGCCAUGGCAACAGGUGGACGACAGCGUGGAGGAAGACGAGAUGGACUUCAUCGACAACUACUGCGAGCCAGUGGAGGAUUCUCUUCCAGCCUCUGAGACUCCGCCCCCCAUCACACCUGCUCCAACAGCUUCGUCUCCCGUACGGAUCGUCUCCUCCUCUGUGAUGCCGCCUCCUCCUCUUCCUCGCUCCAUCAUCACCUCCUCCUCCUCGCUCUCCCGUCUCCCCGUCACCUCCACACCCGCCGCCGCAGCCCCGCCCCUGAUGGCUCAGGCCCCGCCCCUCAUCCUGACACAGACAGCAGGUGGAACGUUCCUCCUCCCAGCAGCCCCUGGGGCAGGCAACGCCCCGCCCAUCCUCCUCACCACACAGGGUUUCCCGAUGCAGACGGUGAUGAACCACGGCACCCCCCUGCUGCUGAACUUGCAGCCGGGUCAGACGGUCCAGCCGCUCACCCUGAUCCAGUCCCCGUCGUUAGGUCAGCUGGUACGGCCCAGUGUGGGCGUGUCCCCGGUCCUCCCCCAAGGCCAGACGGUCCAGACCAGAUCGGGUCCCGCCCCCUCAAGAGGCCCUGCCCACCCGGGCUCCGCCUUCACCGCCAUGCAGCUGCCCGCCACGCUAACCAUCCGCACCAGCACACCAGGACCAGUUAACCUUCAGAUGACCCAGGUGGGUGGAGCUAACUCCCUGAAGCUGGCAGCUUCCCCCGCCCUUCCCUCUGGCUCAGCCAAUGGAGUCACCAGAAUCACUCCGUGCAGCAGCGCUCCCGGUCCCACCCCUUCUGUCGUCAUGACCCCCGGCGUGACCGCGGUGCCGACCUCUGACCCCCCCAGGGUGGUGAUGACUGUGGAGGAGUUCUACUACGGGACGUUCGAAGGCGACCUCAGUCUGAGGAAGCCGCACCCACUGGGAAUCAAAACCUCCACCUUCACCUGCCAGAUCUGCACGCACCUCGCCGAGAACAACCUGAGGUUGAUGCAGCACAUGCUCCAGCACUCGGAGCUGAUUGGAGGAGGAGGAGGUGAUGACAGGAAGUGCUGCAAGUUCUGUUACCGGCAGUUCUCAUCUCCCGCUCAGCUGCAGAGCCACCAGGAGCAGGUGCAUGGCCCCGCCCCCUCCUCCUGUAUGUGUCGUAUUUGUGAGUGGGCGUUUGAGAAUGAGCCGGCCUUCUUGAACCACAUGAAGUCCAACCACAAACCGGGAGAGAUGCCCUACAUCUGCCAGGUGUGUUCCUAUCGCUCGUCCUUCUACUCGGAUGUCCUGCAGCACUUUGCCAGUUUCCACAGAGACUCUCGCUUCCUGCUGUGUGUUUUCUGCCUGAAGGUGACCAGGAACCCCGCCAGCUACCAGCAGCACCUGCUGCGACACCAGAUCAACCAGGCCUUCCACUGUAACAGGUGCCGUCUUCAGUUUGUCUUCCUGAAGGACAAGAUGCAGCAUAAACUGGAAAACCAUCGCAGCUUCCGUCGACCCACUCAGCUGGAAGGACUGCCGCCGGGGUCAAAGGUCACUAUCAGGACCUACGGGAAGAUCAGGCCUCCGAUGACAUCAGCAGGGAACCGGCUGCUUCAGAGCCCCUCCUCCCUCAUCCAGCCAAUCAACAUCAAGACGGAGCAGCAGAAGUCUCCAAUCCAGAGGAGCCCCGUGCUCUCCAAAUCACCUCGAUCACCGACGAAGAGGCCGAUCAGCCGCAGAUUCCACAUCAGCAGGAGUCCGCCGUGCGAUGCCGACCGGCUGGUGUGUUUGGAGUGCGGAACCGACGCCUCCGACUUCUCGGCUCAUUACCCGACUCACGUCCACUGCCUGCUGUGUCCGUACAGCAGCUGCUGCUCCAGAGCCUACGCUGCCCACAUGAUCCAUCACCAUGUGCCGCGGCCCAAAGACAAAGCUGCUCCUCUGCACAGACUUCCUCCUCCAUGCGUGUUCCUGCUGCAGUGCUCCCACUGCGACUUCAGCCCGCAGGCCGCUGAUCAGAUGGCCGAACACCUGCUGACGAACCCGGAGCACCACAGCGCCACCUGUCGCCCCAGGACCUACAUUGAACCUGAUAUCCAGUUCUGCCACAAUGAAGACCAGCACUCUUCAAAAGAGAAGGAACCAGUCCAGAACAAGGACUUGCCUGAUCCGUCCUGGAGGUCAGCAGGUUGUUGGAAACUUCCGGCAGAGAGCGACAGCACCGAGUCCACCAUUGUCUCAUUCAUGCAGAGCAGUGGGCCUCGCCACUACCUGUCCAAGAACAGCGACGCCAUCGACUUCUUCAACCUGCUCUUCCCUGCAGCACUCGUGGAGCUGAUCACCAACGAGACCAACGCCCACGCCAAGACCUGUCAGUUUCUGGGCUCCUGCUACCCAGACUGGGUCCCCGUCACCACCCAUGAGAUCAAAGGUUUCAUCGGCCUGGUCGUUCUGAUGGGGAUCCAGAACCUUCCUGACCCGUCGCACUACUGGUCCUGGAGUCACUACGACAACAGCUAUACCUUCUACCGUGCCAUGAGCUUCAAACGUUUCAAGCAGAUCGCUGCCAACCUCCGCAUGGGCAGCUUCGCCACAGACGAGUAUCGUGGCACCUGCAACCCCAGCGACUCGCUGCACAUCUUCAGGCCGAUGUUGGACAUCCUGGGUGGAGCUAUGUGGAACGCCUACCAGCCAAACUGCUGUCUAGCCAUUGACAGGGCGCUGCUGCCCAGCCUGGAGGAGGAGAGCUGCCACGCCAAGGGGAACCCAAAAACCCAGCCUCAGGUGUGGCUGCUCUGUGACUCCAAGUCUGGCUACUGCCACCGCUUCUUCAUCCAGGUGGGAGAGGAGGUGGGCCAGGAGCCGGGCUUCACCGUGGUGCCGGAUCUGGUGAAAGGUCUGGAGGACAAACACCACCAACUUUACCUGGCCAGUUCGCUGACGUCUGUCCCACUAAUGCAGAAGCUUCUGGACCAGGGCAUCUAUGCCUCCAGCUCUUUCCCUCCGCUCAACCCCAUUCUGCCCAGAGAGCUGUGGGAGGAGGGCCAGCUGGAGAAACCCGGGGACUUCCUGCAGAGGCAGUUUGGCCCCCUGCUGGCCACCCGCUGGAGGGACACCAAGGAGAUGGGCUGCCUGUCGACUAAUGCAGCUCCCGGUGAACGGGACACUGUUUGGAGGAGGUCUCAGACCAAAGUGGGUGGACUGGACCCCAUCGACCGCCCCAUGGCCUUCCGCCUCCUGCAGGAGAACAUGCGAGGGGUUGACAUUUGCAAGCAGCUUCUGGCCUGCAACCCGCUGGGAGGAAUACCCCAGGACCGACACUGGCGCAGCCUUUUCUGGUUUCUGGUCAACCUGAGCAUCGUCAAUGCCUUCAUCGUGCUGCGGGAGAGCCGCAAAGAGAACCCACCCGCCUGGGUGCAAGAUGGCCUUUUUACUCAGGUCAACUUCCGCAAACGUUUGGGCAACCAGCUCGCCAAGUGUGCUCAGAAAUACUUUGAGACCAUGGAGAUCGCCAGCUCCCGCGGGAUGAGGGUGGAGGUGGUAGACGAACCAGCUAAACAGAGACACAGGAUGGUGAAGAUCAGUGGCAUCUCCAAGAGGUGCAAGAACUGCAACUUGAAGAACAUCCGCCAUGAGAGUGUGUACGGCUGCAUCGUCUGUAAGGCCAACCUGUGUAAACAGCCGUGCUGCUUCUGGGAAUUUCACGGCCUGUCACCUCUAAACAAAGGAUCAACAAAAGUUGGAUUUCUCAAGGACAGAAUAAGUGGAGCAGUGGAGGUGGACGAGGUUGAGGACAAUGUGGACGGGGCGAUGGCCCCUGUGGAAGACAUGGACUUCUCUGACGAUGAGAAACUGGAUGAUCUGGAUGACGUUGAUGAAGAAACUGAAGAUAUCAAGGAAGAGUUUAUCAAAGAAGUACAACGUCCAACAUCUCACGUGCCGUCAACAAUGAACAGCCACGCCCAACCAGUAACCAUUUUGUCAGUCUCUAAAGACCGUGAUGAUUUCCUCACUGCCCGUCAGCUGAGGAUCGCCCUGUUCGCUCUGUGUGAUGGACUCCACCAAGCCUCAAGGGUCUUUUCAACCGAGACGCAGCUCAUCCGGUCCUGGCUGAAGGAGGCCAGGAAGCGUUUAAAGCAAACUGAACUGGACCAGAAGGUCCAUGACGAUGGCGGGGAACGCAUGGUGGCCUGGGUGCUGUCCAUGCGUGAGCAGCAGCUUCCAAUCACAGAGAGCAACCUCUUCCAUAAAGCCUCCAUGCUGAAGAAGAAGGGAGGUUUCAGUGAUUCCUUUCGCAUCUCCUAUGACUGGGCAGUGAGUUUCAUGCUGCAGCAUCGGCUGGGCGUACGGAGCAUCGGCAGGGCAGCCACGCUGGCUCGCACCCUGCCACUUUCCCUGGAGGCCAAGGUCAAGUCCUUCAGGGAAUUUACCCAGAAGGUCAUCCUGGUCAAAAAGCUGUCAGAAAGCACUGUAGCAGCGAUGGAUGAGCUCUGUCUUUUUGUGGAUUUGAGGUUAGUUCAGGACAAGUCUCGCCGCUUAGAGGCCCUGGAACUCACUGGGUCUUUACCUCUGGUCACUGUGUACCUGACAGUGUUAGCUGAUGGUACCAUGCUGCCGUCCCUGGUGCUGGCGAACAGGCAGCUGGCUGAGAAAGCCCUGCCAGAGUUCAUCCUGCUGGAGGCCGGCCCAGACAGUCUGUUAGUAGAAGAAGCCUUGGAUCUCUGGACUAACAAGGUUUGGCUACAGCAUGUGUCCGGUCCUACUAAACCCAGUAAAUCAAUGCUGGUCUUGGACCGACACCGGGAGCACAUGGGAGAUUCGUUCCUUACUUCCAUCAGCGGAUCAGGUACCCUCCCAGCAGUGAUUCCUGGAGGCUGCUCCUUCCGUCUUCAGCCCCUGGAGAUUUGCGUAAAGCCGGUUCUGCAGCGCUUCCUGCUGUCACGCUGGGCAAAGUUCACCGCCAGAAACCCGAAAGAGCUGGAGGAGACGUCACCCCACCGGCUCCAAGCAAAUGUCGCCCAGCUGCUGGUUGACUGGGUGGUCGAGGCCCUGACACACCUGAACAAACUCCCACAGCUUUGGAAGAAGUCGUUCCACCUGACGGGCCUUCUGCUGGAGCGGAAAGAGGCGGUGGAGAAGAAGGAGGUGGACAAGACAACAAGUCAGAAACCAGAGGAGAUCCAGUCGGACCUCCUCAAGACCCUAACAGAGACCCUGCUGGGGGCUGAAGCUUUGGAGGCCGAUUCUCCUGAGCUGCUCGAGCUGGAAGACAAAGAGGACACAGAGGAGGAACAAGGAGGAGGAGGAGGACAAGAGACAUCAGAGGAGAGACAGGAGGACAAAGAAGAAGGGAAGGAGGUGAAAGAGGACAGGAAAGAGAUAGGGAAAGAGAUGAGGGAGGACAAGAAGGAGAUGGAGGAAACAAAGGAGGAAGGUAGGCCAGAGGAAACAGAAAAGGAAAGAAAGGACACAAUCAAAGGUAUGGAAGACAGGAAGCAUUCAGAAAGGGACAGCAAAGAGAGAGAGGAGGACAGUGAGGAGGAAGGAAAGGAGACAGAGGAGGACAGGAAGGAGGUGAGCAAGGAGAGACGAGAGACCAGGAUUGUGAUAGGAGAGGAAGUCGGUGAUGAGUGGAAGAUAACGGUAAAGAGCAGGACUGAAGGCGUAGAGGCUGACGGAGAGGAGGAAGAAAGGAUGGACGAAAGCUGAACAGACGAAGACAUGGAUAAAGGUCCGCAGACUGUAAACACCUGACCGAGUUGUCCCCGACAGGUGUCUGAAGGGACGUUUGGGUUUACCGCUGGAUAUCAUCCCUGUAAUUUACAGGCAGUUAGGCGAUGGAGUCGAGCUAAGACGGGACAAGCGAGCAGCAACCAGCCGAGCUGAGUGUUAAAGACUGACACCUGUCAGUCAAGGCAGAUUCGCACAUAAACAAACCUCUCUUGGUGUGGACUUAAAACUCCAGUCUGCCACAGGUGUGCUGUUGGGCUUUGCCAAAAUAUGACAGUUUGUGUUUGAAUACAGACCCAAAUAAAUUGUACCAUAUGAUCCAGUCCAGACAUAAUACUGUACCAGAAUCCUGGAGGUGAAACACUGACUUUCAAAAUCUGCCCUCAGACUGACAUUAGAAGCUCAGCGAUCUGAGAGCUGAACUUGUGUCUACAGAUUUUGUAUUUGUAGAGAGAAGUGGGAGGUUUUCCCAUUCACUUCAAUGCAGCAGCAUCUAGUGGACGUUGGAGGACGCGCAGCUCAACGUACUGCAGCAGACGUUUAUCACGUGCCGCAUUCGCAGAAAGGAACUCGCCACAUGAUGUGAAGUCUGAGUAAAACCUUGAUUUGGUCACAACAGCUGAACGGUGCAAGUGUUCGGUUAUGUUUUAGUUUUUGGAUUAAAGUUUCUGCCUAAACAAACUUAAUUUCUGUCAGUCAUGUCAGAGCUUCUCCAGACCAGCCAAUCAGCUAAUACUCAUUAAAGAUGCAGUGUCCAUCUUACGUUUUUUGUUUUUUUCUGGCAUUAGAUGUAAAAUUUAACAGCCAAAUUAGUUAUCAGUCCGUUUGAUUUGUCCAUAGUGCACAGUGCUCACCAGGGCUUUAUUAUUAUUACAUUAUAUAUUAUUUUCAUUAUCAAUUAAUGUGCCAAUUAUUUUCUUAAUUGGUUCAUCACAACUUCCUGCAGCCCUGUGUGACGUCUUCAAGUGUCUCGUUUUGUUCGACGAGCGGUUUACCGAGACACUCCAGAAACUGAGUCUGUUGGCGUUUUUAAUGAUUAAUUGGGUCGCUGAUAAAUUUUCUGCCAGUCAACGCAUCCGUUGACUAAUUAAAGAUUAACGGUCGUUUCCUGUGAAGGUGGAGACGAGUCCUGGAAGCUGAUUGGCUGGUCUGGAACAUGUGGAGUUAAUAUUUUUAUUAAAUGAGUUGAUCCUGUUUUGAGGACUCGAACGUGCCGACAGUCAUGUGACCUGGACCCGAACAGACGCCGAGACGAGAUGUUUCCUGUUUUUAUUUGAACUGUACAGAUUCAUAUUUCCCUGCAGAUCAUGAUUGAUUAGAUGGUUUGUAUUUGUGUCCAUCAGAUAAAAGAUGAUAAAGAUGUUUGAUGUCUGUUUAAAUCUGAUCUGAUCAUGACUCAGAACAGAUUUUGCUGUGUUGGUGCUGAUGUACAGAAGACUUUAGAUACCGUUCCUCAUAAAUAAAAUACAGAACAUCUUCA